AUGCCGGCGAUCGCGGUGCUCGCGGCGGCCGCCGCGGCGUGGUGCUUCCUCCAGGUCGAGAGCCGGCACCUGGACGCGCUCGCCGGAGGAGGCGCGGGCCCCAACAACGCGAAUUUCCUAGACAACGACCAGUGGCUGAGCACCGUCUCCCAGUACGACCGCGACAAGUACUGGAACCGCUUUCGAGACGAUGAUUAUUUCAGAAACUGGAAUCCCAACAAGCCCUUUGACCAAGCUCUGGACCCAUCUAAGGACCCCUGCCUGAAGGUGAAAUGCAGCCCUCACAAAGUGUGUGUGACCCAGGACUACCAGACGGCCCUGUGUGUCAGCCGUAAGCACUUGCUCCCCAGGCAGAAGAAAGGGAGUGUGGCCCACAAACACUGGGUUGGACCUUCGAAUCUGGUCAAGUGCAAGCCCUGUCCCAUGGCACAGUCAGCCAUGGUCUGCGGCUCCGAUGGCCACACCUAUACAUCCAAGUGCAAGUUGGAGUUCCAUGCUUGUUCUACAGGCAGAAGCCUCACCACCCUCUGUGAUGGUCCCUGUCCGUGUCUCCCGGAGCCUGAGCCACCAAAACACAAGGCAGAAAAGAAUGCCUGCACAGACAAGGAGUUGAGGAACCUUGCAUCGCGGCUGAAAGACUGGUUUGGAGCUCUUCAUGAGGAUGCAAAUAGAGUCAUCAAGCCCACCAGCUCUGACACAGCCCAAGGCAGGUUUGACACCAGCAUCCUGCCCAUCUGCAAGGACUCCCUGGGCUGGAUGUUCAACAAGUUGGACAUGAACUAUGACCUCCUGCUUGACCACUCAGAGAUCAAUGCCAUCUACCUGGAUAAGUACGAGCCCUGUAUCAAGCCUCUCUUCAACUCUUGUGACUCUUUCAAGGAUGGCAAGCUCUCUAACAAUGAGUGGUGCUACUGCUUCCAGAAGCCUGGAGGUCUCCCUUGCCAGAAUGAAAUGAACAGAAUUCAGAAGCUGAGCAAGGGGAAAAGCCUACUGGGGGCAUUCAUACCUCGGUGUAAUGAGGAGGGCUAUUACAAAGCCACACAGUGCCACGGCAGCACAGGGCAGUGCUGGUGUGUGGAUAAAUAUGGGAACGAGCUGGCUGGCUCCAGGAAACAGGGUGCUGUGAGCUGUGAAGAGGAGCAGGAAACCUCAGGGGACUUUGGCAGUGGUGGCUCUGUGGUCCUGCUGGAUGACCUCGAGGAUGAACGGGAGCUGGAACCAAAGGACAAAGAGUGGAAGUUGAGGGUGCACACCCGAGCUGUGACGGAGGAUGAUGAGGACGAGGACGACGACAAAGAGGACGAGGUCGGGUACAUAUGGUAG